AGAGCUCAGAUUAGUUUAAUCUGAUCGCAAGCGAUCGCUUUCCAAAUCAUGUACUAAGUUGUAUCGUUCUCCUCGGCCGCUACUGCAGCCUGCCUGCCUAGCUGUGCAUAUUUUGCCUGCCUAUCUAUCCGCCAUUAUCGCAUCCAUUUCUUAAUUCCUCUUCGAGCUAACUAAUCAUCGGCUUGCUCUGCGUACCAUUAAUGUACUUGAGGAAUGCGUUGCGAUUGUGUGUACUUGUAGUAUCGCACAGACAGGAGGGCUAGGAGCUGGAGCUCUCGUUGCCUUGUGAGGUUGUUGUAAAGCUGCAGAGAUGAAGGUGCCUGUGAGGAGAGGAAGCUUCAAGAAGAGCAGGGGACCACCUUCAUGCGGCCUCCCCCUGCUGCUGCUCAUUGCGGCUGUUCAGUUCUUUGUGAUUGGCAAGCCUUUUCCAUCACUCUUGAUGGAUAGCAGGAAUUUCUUCAAUCUAGCAGAGGAGGAGUUCAUCCCGGAGCCACGCGUGAGCUGCGAGUUCAACGACACGAGGUCCGACUUCUGCGAGAUGGCCGGUGCCAUCCGCGUCCGGGGGAGCACGUCGGAGGUCUUCAUCGUGACCCCUCGCCGUGGCGCCACCGCGGGGGACGUGGGCGCGAACGCGACAUGGAUCGCCGCCAACGCGACGAGCUGGAAGAUGAAGCCGUACACACGCAAGGGGGAGUCCCGCAUCAUGAACGGCAUCACGGAGUUCACCGUCCGGCUGGCGGCAGCCGACGAGGCGCCCGCGUGCGACGUGAUGCACGAGGACGUUCCGGCCGUGCUCUACUCCAACGGCGGCUACUGCGGCAACUACUACCACGACUUCAACGACAACAUCGUGCCGCUCUUCAUCACGACGCGGCACCUCGGGCGCGAGGUGCAGCUGCUGGUGACGCAGAAGCAGGCGUGGUGGUUCCGCAAGUACGGCGAGAUCGUGGACGGGCUGACGAGGCACGAGGCGGUGGACAUCGACGGCGACGAGCGCGUGCACUGCUACCGGCGUGUGACGGUCGGACUCAGGAGCCACAAGGACAUGAGCAUCGACCCGCGCCGCUCGCCCAACAACCUGUCCAUGGUGGACUUCAAGCGGUUCCUCAUGUGGCGAUACUCGCUGCCGCGGGAGCACGCCAUCCGGACGGAGGAGGACGACGGAGAGGAGAGGAGGCGGCCGCGGCUGCUGAUCAUCACGCGGCGGUCGAAGCGGCGGUUCAUGAACCUGGACGAGAUCGUGGCCGCGGCGGAGGAGGUCGGGUUCGAGGUGACGGCGUCGGACCUGAUGCCAAAGAAGGGCGCCCCGGGCGAGGUGGUGGUCGGGGACGGCGGGCAGGCGCGGAUGGCCGACGCGUCGGCGACGGUGAACGCGUUCGACGCGAUGCUGGCGGUGCACGGGUCCGGGCUGACCAACCUGGUGUUCCUGCCGAUGAACGCGGUGGUGGUGCAGGUGGUGCCGCUGGGGCGGAUGGAGACGCUGGCCAUGGACGAGUACGGCGUGCCGCCGAGGGACAUGAACAUGAGGUACCUGCAGUACAACAUCACGGCGGAGGAGAGCACGCUGUCGGAGCUGUACCCGAGGGGGCACCCGGUGUUCCUGAACCCGGGCCCCAUCCACGAUCAGAGCUGGUCGCUCGUCAAGGAGAUCUACCUCGGCAAGCAGGACGUCCGCCUCGACAUCGCCAGGUUCCGGCCCGUCCUCCAGAAGGCGCUCGACCUCCUCCGCUGACUGUCACAGAUGUGACACUGACAUGACAACCGGCGCCGGCCGGCCGACCGUGAUAGCAACAAGGACGACGGCGACCGAAGCAUGCAAUCGAGUCGACGACAAGUACAUUACACACACACACACAUACAUAAGCCAGCCUUUAUUUUGUUCUUCUUCUUGUUCUUUUCUGAGAUUGAAAAUGAAAUUAGCGGUGUAUAAUACAGUUGAUCAUAGGACAUCAGAGUGGCGACGGUUUUUGCAUGUUAGUUUAGUCUUUGUUACGGAAUCGCCACAGGCGUACGUCGCUGGUUUGAGCUUCUGUCAGGCUGCUAAGCCCCAAUAGCAACAAGAACAAGACAACAUCAUGUGAGGCAU